UAUAUAUUUUCUUUAUAAUUUGGAGAAUAUUGUGCAUCAAAAGUUCUUACACCAAGUAUCCGCAGUGCGCGACAAGCUUGAGAUUACUGAAUUUUAAUAAUAACUAAUUUGAUCAAAUCCUGUCUCUCUAACUUGUAAAUUAAUAUUUUAAAACUAACGAAAGUUUUGGUUUUGCUUAUUGAAUAAUGAAAGUCGGUCAAUAUUAUAUUUUUGUGCGAAAAGAUAUGUUUGGUUUAAUAAAAUUUGGUUGAACUGAAUAGAAUAUUAGUUAUUACAAUAGAAUAUUUUAAUAAUUCUAACAGAAACAUUUAGAUUUAACAACGAUUAAAGUUUGAUUAUUUUAAAUUUAUUAUUAUUUUUCGUCAUUAAUGUUGAAUUAAAGUAGAUUUUAUAACAUAAAAAAAUAAAAAAAUGAAACAAUUAGAUUAAUUAACAUCAACCUUCCAGAUUACAAUUUUGCUGUCAAUUAACUGUUUUGAAUAUUGUAAAGGGUAUGUGUGGAGCACACGUCAUUGUUUGUGUCUCGUUAAGUUUGUUAGCACCUUGCUAUGUUUAAUUGUCGGCGGUUUUUUUUUUUUAAUUUAAUGUGCAUCCAUCUUUAAGUAGAUAUACGGCACAAAUGUGUCGGCUGUGAUUUCAUGUUCAGUGGGAUAUUUUAUCGAGAUUAACGGAUAAUAUAUCAAUUUAAUUUAAAUUUAGAAUAAAAAAUUAUUUAGAUCAAGAAUAAAUGUAGUAAGAUCAGAGAUUUAUUUGAUUAAAGAAUCAAAAUUAUUCAAAGUUAAAUUUUAGGGAACAGAGAAAACAUGUUUGAAUUGCAAUUUCACGCGCGAUUUUGCGCGCGCGCGUGCGAUCGCUUCGGUGAACGUUCGGGAGAUGUCGUUGCGGCUCGCUCGUUCGCUCGUUCGCUCGCUCGCUCGCUCGCGUGGAGGCCCGCUGGCUUGAAACACCUGACUGCGACGGUGUAGCACAGUGCGGCAUGGACUCGUGUGGCGGGCGCACACUUCUUUCAAAACAGGUAGCACGCGUUGCUACCGGUUGACAGCACAGCGGCGAUUCCUCCUCCGCUUCUCUCCUCUUUCCUUCCUCUCUCCCUCCCUCUCUCCCUUCGUCCCUUCCGGCCCCCGUCGCCCCCGUCGUUCGCGACACCCCGCGUCGAAAUAUAACAGUGCGGUCACGUGACACUCCCGCGAUUUUUACGGGGCACUCGCGGCUAAGUUCACAUGGAGCACCGUCGCGGCACGCCAUCGUUAACGUUCGCGAAGUCGUUUGCAAAAGACCGUCGUCCUCGUCGUCGUCCCGUCGCGGCCCAUUCGUCGUCCUCGUCGUCCUCCAGCCGUGAGUCCGUCGGCGUGCGCGGGCGGGUGCCAAGAUUCGCGAAAUCCGGGUGACGAAGAUGUGACCACGGCGACCGCGAGUACCGACCGACCGAUCAACGACGACGAGGCGCGGAAGUAGUGUGUGUGUGUGUGUGUGUGUGUGCCGUCCGCCGAAAAAUGACGCUCAUCGGCCGGACAUCGGUGAGGACGGUGCUGCUGACGUCGUUGCUGCCGAUUUCCGUGGUGCUGAUAGUGCUGGCGCGCGCCGGGGACGUCGCGACCUUGGAGUACGGCGGAGUGGAACCCCUUCCGGCAUCCAGGGAGGAGCGGCCGCAUCCGGAUACAGGCGCGUCAGUCGCAGAUCAUCGUCAUGGGCGUACGUCCGUACAUGCGGAAUUGUCGUCGAAAGCUAAACGCGAGCAGGCGCUACGCAACAUUCUCACUGCAAGAAGGCGACAGAUACUGAAUCAACGUUCACACGAGCACCAUAGGACUCUCACGAGUCGUAGGCCACGGCCUGGCGAUAUCAGUUCAAAGGAGCCUCCGGAUAUACUCGAGACCCAGGAGACCAGGCACAACACAUACGUCACGAGCGCACGAACGGAGACAUCAGGCGAAGAGGAAACUCCGCAAUCGUCGAGGAGAUCAAUCGAAAAAGUCGUUUCCACGAUCGAUCUCGACGCCACGGGGGUAGAGAUUGAAUCACGAGUCACGAAGGCACCGAAAGACGAAGCCUUGUUGACGUCGACGACCGAGACGUACGAGAAUAUCUCUUCAGCGUCGUCUCCAAUUGCCCCGACGGGUGUGUCCGUUGGUCAAAAGUUAGGAGACGCGGACACACGCAGGAGAAACAUCGUAUCGAUGCCGGAGUCAUUGUACAAACACUUCCGGCCAGUGGAGAGCAACGUUCCGGUGGAGGAUAUGUCGCAGUUCCUUUAUUUCGGCCAGAAGCUCCAACCGGACGCGCAGAACGUCACGUCCAGUGGCAGUAGCAACAACUCCGUGGAGACGACGUCGACGACGAAUCCUACUUCCUCGCGCAGGAGAUACUCCACGAAGAGAUUCAGCGCGACGAUCGCCACGCCGGUGGAGGAGAUUAUGAACGAGGAGAUGAACAUUGCGCUGGAGACGUCGGAGCGUCGGACGGUCGAGAAGAACCAGGUGUCGAGGAUCAAAAAUACAUUCCGGAGUUCGGGUAACGGGCUGUAUUACCGGAAGCCGAGGCCGGCUGCGGACGUCGUGUCGAACGUUAUUCCGGGGAACGAGUCGAGCCCCGGUAUCGUCGGCGGUACGGAAACGAGGAGCGAGAUGAACGCGGUGGACGACAAAGUCGUCCGGCGCGAUCGGACAUUGCAAGAGAGAAGUAGCGCGGCCAACGUCACCGGGACGAACGCGACGACCCAGAUACCGCGGCAACGUCAAUCCGACGACGACGACGACGACGCCGCGGAGAGGAUCGUCGCGGGGAGCGAAAUCUCGAGCACGAAACUCCCGAACGGCACCUCGAUCGUAGCCGCCGAGAAUCUCCGGAAGGGCGAUUUUGGGAAGGACAACGAGAAGAAGGAGAGGGACACCGAAACGAAGGCGGAGAAAUCGGAGGCUGGAUCGGCGAGUGCCGAGAGGGCAACGUCGCAGGCGACCUCGCGGACGGAAUCGUCGACGCUACGUAUCGUGGUGCCGGACGACAGCCUCGGGCUCUCGAGUUUCGCGAUCGAGGGCGAGCGGACCCAUCGGAAUACCGUUAGACAGCAACCGGUCGCGGAUCCUAUCGCGGAUCGACCGGUUCGCGGCGAUACCGUUCCGAAAUCAUCGCCGUCGGCGACGUCGGCCUCGACGACCACGACGACGACGACGACGACGGCGGCGGCGACGACGGCGGCGGUGGAGUCAUUCACACCUGUCGCCGUCGUCGAGUCGGACCAACGGCCUCAGCAGCAUCCGCAACAACACGUGUACGCUUAUACGAUAACGAACGUGACGCGAUUGUUGCGCAACUACACCGGACCUGGAUUAAGCGGCGAGGAGGAAAGGCAAGGGGAAGGUGAUGGUGGUGAUGGUGCUGCUGGUCGUCGUCGUGCUGGUAGCGGUGCCGAGAUAACGAGCGGUGAACCAGCGUCGCAGCAGCAGCAACCACCGCCGCCGCCGCCGUCUUCUCCUCUUCUGUUUCCUCGUGCCAGCGACGGCGGUAUAGAACCGGCACGAACGCCGGCGGAACUCAGUGCUGGCGCGACCGUCGAGCCAGCCGCAGCCGCUGGAGCGUUGCCCGGUGCCGUUGACGGUCUGGUGGGGGAACGAUCGGGGAAAGGAGCAGUCGCUCCGCAGCAGCAGCAGCAGCAGCAGCAACGAGCGACCGGUCAACGAGCGGCUACUACUACCUGGCCCCAGUCGCCGCAUUCAGCCGUGAACGAUAGCGUUAUCUCGCCGCCGAGAUCCACCGCCAGGUUACCGGAGACCGGAAACAGGGGAUCGAUCAAGUGGAGCCACACCAAGCCGCGAAAUAACGGCCAGGAGGAGGACGGUGCUAACGAUCGGAGAUUCCUGAGGAAGAGCGCGAGCGCGGUGUUGAAUCAAAGAACAACCGUCCACGAGGAAUCCUCGGCUGCGAGUAAGCGCCGUAGGGUGUUGACUUCUCCGAGCGGUGCCAGGAGAGUGAAGUCCAGCGAGAGGAAGAUCGAUGGUGCUGGGGAUAAGUCGGUGGUGAACGAACGUCCGUCGAACGGGACACGGGCGGUUGCGGACGAUGAAGUGCCGGUUGGUGUCGAUUCUCCGUCACGGGAAGCUGCGCGUGCCAGCGGGGUGAACGAAGUGCCGGGUGACAAUAGCUCGCGGGAGGCCACCGUCAUGGGGAUCCUAGAUCGGAAUUCGAGUGCGACCGACGAGACGACGGACGCGACCGAUCCGUCCGUCCUUGUUGACGGGUUCGCGACCGCGGAGCUCGAAAAGUCCGACGAUCCUGAGGAGGAUAUCGUCACCGCGUCAAGUUUAAACGUCGAGAGUGAUAUCGGGAGCAAUGCCGAAGACGUCGUCGCGAUGCCGAACGAGACUGACGUAAACGCAACGACGGAUGGUAACGUCGAUACUAUCGCGACGGUGACCGAGCAAGUCGACGAAACGGUCGCGACCACGACAACGGCGGCGACGACGAUGCCACCGGCACCGGUUUUCCCGGUUACGCCUAGAAUACUGACGGAAGCGGAGAAGACUGUCGCCGAUACGGAGACUCAUACCCCGAAGCCGGCGGACAUCGCGAAGGAAGUGAAUAAUAUGGAUCCCUCGGAGAUCCAGAAGAGGUAUCGGGCUAAAGACGCGACGUCAACGACGGUGGUUCGGAGCGACGCGGACGAGGCUCCGAGCGGAAAGUCGAAAGUCCUGCCUACCCCGUCGACGUCCGCGAACGCGACGGAGAACGGAAAGCGCGUGUCCGGCGAGAGAUCGCCGGAAGUCCGUGCGCGCAAUUUGUCGGACAAGUCGAAAGACAAGGACGACGUGCUGCCGAUCAUGCAUCUGUACAACACGUCGGAUAUCUUCAACGGCAGCGGGCCGACGGACGGCUUCGCUCGCGGCACGGAACGGCCGCGAGUGACACUUCCGGUGGAUUCCGACAGUUCAACGUCGUCGACAACGGCAACGACGACGACGACGACUACGACUACGACGGCGACGGAGAAGAUUUCCGAGACGACGGUCGCCAGCGCGACGGAAAUCGACGGGAUUACGUCGACGACCGUUCCCGUUCCCAGGCUCAAGGAACCCACCGUAACGCCGACGAGCUCCCGGAAAGACAAACACGAGGGGACUCGCGACUCCCAGGACCCUACGGUCCCUACGGCGUCCAGGGGCUCCUCCGCGCCCACGGUCAACAGGACGAGGUACAGGCCCGCCUAUCAUCACUCAAUCUUGCCGGAGUACAACGGCACGAUGUAUUAUCCCGGCGGGCUCAACAGGACGUUCUUCGAGGCUGGCGAGCCGAUCUCGGUGAGCCCGCGGGAAUCGAUGAACGUCAGUGACGUGAUACUGAAGCGGCACGACGGCGGCGACGCGAUCGCCACUCAGGAGACGGUCGCCGUGGUCGGCUACAUCCUGGCCACCCUCGUCGUCUUUCCCAUCGCCGUCGGCGUCGGGCUCAUUCUCAGAAGACUGAUACUUAGGAAUCGUAAGGUGCUCGAGGAGUCGGACACGUCAUCGGAGAUAAGCUGCAGGAAGGACGCUCUUAAUCUCGAAAACGGCGACUUCAAGACCUCCAUCGAGAAGGCCAUCACAAAGUUACCGAGGAUACAGCACUUGUGUCACGAAGCUGAGAAACCGCCGCCGCCGCCGCCACCGCUGCCGCCGUCCCAGGAAUCCAGAUGGGAGUUUCCUAGAGAUAAGCUUAGAUUACAGACAGUCCUCGGGCAGGGAAACUUCGGCCAGGUGUGGAAGGCCGAAGCUGACGAUUUGACAGGCCAUCAAGGCACGACCCGAUUAGUGGCGGUGAAAACCGUCAAAGAAGGCGCCUCCGAUCGAGAGAAGGAGGAUUUGGAUCGCGAACUCGAAAUCAUGAAAACACUAGGCAGUCAUCCAAACGUCGUAACACUUUUAGGCUGCUGCACCGAAGAAGAGCCUCAUUAUCUCAUUCUGGAGUACGUCAUGUACGGGAAACUGCUCGCGUAUCUGCGUGAUCACCGCACCAGGCAGUACUUUUACAACUUCAGCGAGGAUUCAGCAGCCUUGACAUCCAGGGAUCUCACGGUUUUCGGUUAUUGCGUGGCCAGAGGCAUGGAGUAUCUUGCAUCAAAAAAGAUCAUCCACCGCGACCUCGCCGCCAGAAACGUCCUCGUGGAUCACAACAAGCUGUGCAAGAUCGCCGACUUCGGUAUGUCGAGGUUCGCCAACGAGGACGGCGAGGUGAUCGAGACCAGACACGGCAGAAACGCCCUGCCCAUCCGUUGGAUGGCCCCCGAAUCGUUAAUCUACUCCUUGUUCACGACGAAGACCGACGUCUGGAGCUUCGGGAUUCUGAUGUGGGAGAUUGUCACUUUAGGUUCAACACCGUACCCGGAUAUGACGGCGCGGGAAGUCAUGCGGAACGUGCACAACGGUUAUCGGCUGGAGAGGCCUUCGCACUGCCGAAGCGAGCUCUUCAGGGUGAUAUCCAGAUGCUGGCACGCCGAUCCCGACCGCAGGCCAGAGUUCCAGAUCCUGCGCAGGGACCUCGCCCAGCUGCUGGAGGAUAACAUGAACGGGCACUACGUGGACCUCGAGAGCUUCGCCUCCGAGUGCACCGAUUGAGAGCGGCCGGCGAAGGAAACUCAUCCUCGAUUACACCGGGAAAUGACCGAACUCACGUUUGGCACAGACGUUAGUGUCACGUGAGGGGGAGAUUUUUUUAUGUAUCAAUUUUUAAAAGAGCGACUUUUUCCUUUGCGGUGUAGAACAUAAUUAUCGUAAGAGAUUGAAUUUUGCGAGAUCUAGGACGCCCUGUGUCCUGUUCUUAAUUUUUGAAAUUUGUAGGAGUUUUGUAUGAAGCGUGUUUCGUGAAAUACGCUUGUGAAAGUAGAAUCGCCAACUACUACUUAGGCCUACUUGGGAAAUUGUUCAACUGUUGUUGAAAUUUCCUGAUCCGUAUGUAAAAAUCGCAAUCCGUCCGCAAACUCAAAUUCGUCCAGUACAUUUGCACAGGGUCUCAUUAUCGUUGUGCAAUAGCAGAGUGUAAUGACAAGAUGCGAUGUUAAUUUAUUAUUACGUGGAUACGACAUGUACUCGGCAACAACGUGGCACGUGCAUUCGUAAUAAUUGCGAAUAAAUUUCCAUCAUUGGAUGCUUCUACGAUUCGUUGAAGUGUAAUUAAUUGUGCGAUUUUUAUCUUGCUGAAGUACGCAGAACGUAGAACACAGGAACGCUGUAACGCGCGAUGCUGUGAUAAAUGACGAAAAAAUAAAAAAAAUUACAUAAACGCAAUGCUAAGGCGCAUAAAAAAUUAAUAAAGUCCGCAAAACAUAAAUAUUCUAGAAUCCGAUAAAUAGCAUUUUUAGUUACGUACGACAUAUCGUUUGUUAAUUCUCACAUUUCUUGUCUGAAAUUAAUUUUACUUGGAAACAAGAGAAUGUAUACAUAUAUCGGGCAAUGAUUUUGAACAAUUGAUGAUUUACAUAUUUUGAUGAUUUGCUCUCGUGUAAUUUAUUUUACAUAAAUUAUUUUUUAUUUUAGAAAAGCAUUUGCGGAUAUUAAUUUAUAUAUCGGAAUAAUAGCGGAUAUUACUGUUAGUGGAAAGUUUGACUCUGAAUUUUUUAUAUUCAUUUAUUAUGGCGAACGAAAGAGAAGUCAAUUUGCAGAAAGACUUGGUUCUCCACGUUAAACUUGAACGACACAACAACGAGACUCAGCUCUGCGUCGCGACAUUUGUAUAUACUGUAAUCCUUUGCGUAAUAUAUACACAUAUAGAUGUAAAGAUAAUUGUUAUAUUUGCCGGAAAUCAAAAAGAGAUGCCCCUUUCUACGAAACGCAUUAAUACUGUAACAAUAAUUCCCCCCUAUUAAUCGUUUGUUAGUUAUGUGUAUUUCCAAUCGCGCCCAACGCGUUUAUUCUUAAUCAUUCUAGUCUUUCGCGUUUUGGGGCGCGGAUCGGUAUAGAUCGGUAUACAUUGCACGCUAUUUCCCUUUUUCAUUAUUAACUUUCAUAAUCGUCACCAAUUCGCUCGAAAUGGCGAUAUCAGCGACAUAAUACAAUAAUAGAUCGUGGUUUAUUUAAAAAAAAAAAAAAACAACACCGAUUUAAGCCCCGUUGUCAGUUGAUUAUUAUAUUAAGUAUUUUUUUACCUUGCUAUCUUUUCUUGCAACAUUGUUUCCGCUCUUUGAUACGGGCUUGUCUCCGUUUGUCGUUAUCAUUCGAGACAUCGUUCUCGGAUAUAUCGCAUUUUGCGCGUCGCUAUUGCGAAAAAAAUAGUUAUGACCAACACACUGUAUGUAGAUUCGAUUGUAUUAAGAACUUUUGUCAGUAAACGUUGUGGAAAAAUUUAA